AUGAAUUUUGGGGAUUUUCUUGAUAAUACUUCUGGUGGUGGUGGUGGCGGCGGUGCAAGAAUUGUUGCUGAUAUACCAUUUAAUAACAACAAUAGCAAUAGUAGCAACAACAGCAGCAGCAACAACAACAACAUGCCCGCUGGUGCAAUUUCUCAACCACGUCUACUUGCUCAAUCUCUUGCCAAAUCCAUGUUCAACUCUCCUGGACUUUCUCUUGCUCUUCAAACAGGCAUGGAAGGGCAAAGUGAGAUAACAAGAAUGGCAGAAAACUACGAGGGAAAUAACAGUAAUGGUAGAAGAAGUAGAGAGGAAGAACCAGACAGUAGAUCUGGAAGUGAUAACUUAGAAGGUGCAUCGGGUGAUGAUCAAGAUGCUGCCGACAAACCACCAAGGAAGAAAAGAUAUCACCGACACACUCCUCAGCAAAUCCAAGAACUUGAAUCUCUCUUCAAAGAGUGUCCUCAUCCUGAUGAGAAACAAAGGUUAGAGUUGAGCAAAAGGCUUUCAUUGGAGACUAGACAAGUUAAGUUUUGGUUCCAAAAUCGUAGAACUCAGAUGAAGACUCAACUGGAACGCCAUGAGAAUUCAAUACUAAGGCAAGAGAAUGAUAAGCUUCGAGCAGAAAACAUGUCAAUAAGAGAGGCAAUGAGAAAUCCAAUUUGCACAAACUGUGGUGGUCCAGCAAUGAUUGGUGAAAUAUCUCUAGAGGAACAACAUCUUAGGAUUGAGAAUGCUAGGCUGAAAGACGAAUUAGAUCGAGUUUGUGCACUUGCUGGCAAGUUUUUGGGGAGACCAAUCUCAUCUUUAGUUAACGCUAUGCCUCCACCAAUGCCUAAUUCAAGUUUGGAAUUGGGAGUUGGAAACAAUGGAUUUGGUGGUUUAAGUAAUGUACCAACAACACUACCCUUAGCUCCUCCUGAUUUUGGUGUUGGGAUUUCAAAUUCUUUGCCAGUGGUGGCUUCAACUAGACAAACAACUGGAAUUGAGAGAUCACUUGAAAGAUCCAUGUAUUUAGAACUUGCUUUGGCUGCUAUGGAUGAACUUGUAAAAAUGGCACAAACUGAUGAACCCCUUUGGUUCAGGAGUGUAGAAGGUGGUAGAGAAAUACUAAACCAUGAGGAAUACAUGAGGUCAUUUACUCCUUGCAUUGGUAUGAGACCAAACAGUUUAGUUUCUGAGGCUUCCAGGGAGACAGGCAUGGUUAUAAUCAAUAGUUUGGCUCUUGUUGAGACAUUAAUGGACUCAAAUAAAUGGGCAGAAAUGUUUCCAUGCUUGAUUGCUAGAACCUCAACAACAGAUGUUAUAUCAAGUGGUAUGGGGGGUACCAGAAAUGGUGCACUUCAGCUGAUGCAUGCUGAACUGCAAGUGCUUUCACCAUUAGUACCAAUAAGAGAGGUCAAUUUCCUGCGUUUCUGCAAGCAGCAUGCUGAAGGGGUUUGGGCUGUCGUUGAUGUGUCUAUUGAUACCAUCCGAGAAACUUCUUCUAAUGCACCGACAUUUCCAAACAGUAGGAUACUUCCUUCUGGCUGUCUAGUUCAAGAUAUGCCCAAUGGCUAUAGCAAAGUUACAUGGGUAGAACAUGGCGAAUAUGAUGAGAGCGUGAUUCACCAUCUUUACCGGCCUCUGAUCAGUGCCGGAAUGGGCUUUGGUGCACAAAGAUGGGUGGCCACACUCCAACGUCAGUGCGAAUGCCUUGCAAUUCUCAUGUCCUCCACCGUAUCUUCAAGGGAUCACACGGCAAUAACUCCAAGUGGAAGAAGGAGCAUGUUGAAGCUAGCACAACGCAUGACAAACAACUUUUGUGCUGGUGUUUGUGCUUCUACGGUACACAAGUGGAACAAACUUUGUGCAGGUAAUGUGGAUGAAGAUGUCCGUGUUAUGACCCGAAAGAGCGUCGAUGACCCUGGGGAACCACCGGGCAUUGUUUUAAGCGCUGCUACUUCUGUUUGGUUGCCGAUUUCCCCACAAAGACUCUUCGAUUUCCUCCGCGACGAACGUCUCCGGAGCGAAUGGGACAUCCUCUCCAACGGUGGUCCUAUGCAAGAAAUGGCUCACAUUGCCAAAGGCCAAGAUCAUGGCAACUGCGUCUCCCUCCUCCGUGCUAGUGCUAUUAACGCGAAUCAGAGCAGCAUGUUGAUACUUCAGGAGACGUGCAUAGACGCGGCAGGAGCGCUUGUUGUUUACGCACCAGUUGAUAUCCCGGCAAUGCACGUGGUGAUGAACGGUGGUGAUUCUGCGUACGUGGCUUUGCUCCCUUCGGGAUUCUCGAUUGUACCCGACGGCCCAGGAUCUCGUGGGUCUAAUACUGCCAAUUGUGGGUCCAAUGGGCCAUCAUGUAAUGGGGGCCCAGAUCAAAGAAUUAGCGGGUCACUAUUGACGGUGGCUUUCCAGAUAUUGGUGAAUAGCCUCCCUACAGCCAAGCUUACAGUGGAAUCAGUCGAGACAGUCAAUAAUCUUAUAUCAUGCACUGUUCAGAAGAUUAAAGCUGCCCUUCAUUGUGAAAGCUAAUUGGGAGAAGGAUCACGUGAUGAUGAUUUGACUUGGGGCAUACCGCCCUUUUUUUCUAUUUGUUCUAUAAUUAAUAUAUAACUUAACUAGUAACUAUUGUGUUUAGUUGAAGGGGGCUGAGUCAAGAACUCGAGCAGAAUCGGAGGCUGAGUCAAGAACGAACCGCGCCUAAACGACCGUUGCUAGGUGGUAAGGGCCGGCAUGGACCAGAGCGGUUCAACCAAGCCUAAGGUUAUAGUUUUGGUUCUUAACACAAAGCAAAGGUGGUGGUUCGGGUAUUGACUCAGGACCUAAGUGUUGGUUUCAAGCUGUGGUGAAAAUUGGUAAAAUGAGCACAAGGGUGAGUUUGAUUUCAAAAUAUGGAAUUUUCAUUUUGGGCAAUUUGUGUGACAGCAAUGUCAAUUAAAGCAGAUUUUAUAGUUGUUUGUUUGAUGGGGAGUCAUAAUGGCUCUUUUGUUUGGUAUGGUGGGGGACUAAUCUAGUAUUGUACGUUAUCUUAAUUGACUUUAACUCCACUGUCUUUGUCAUGUUUA